AUAAGCUUCGCCCGCUGCAACGGGCACGUCCCCAGGUGCCAGACACAGCUUGGAGCUGCAACCACCACCCGACUCUCCUCCAUCAGCAGAGCCUGCAAUGGAUCCCCGUUCGUGGUUCAGCAGCUUGACCGGCUACUUUGUCUACAUCCUCUCCGUCGCGACUCUCGGCCCCCUGCUCUUCGGCUUCCACCUGUCUGAGCUCAACGCACCCGAAGAUGUUAUCCGUUGCAAGAAAAAUUCUAUUACAGCUGCCGUCGCAGGUCCGAGCCUUCCACAAUGCAUUGAGAUGACACCGACGGAAUGGGGCGUCGUGGGUUCGCUAUACACGCUCGGAGGCCUCAUAGGCGCCCUUUCGGCCGGUCCGCUCGCGACAAGGCUCGGCCGCCUGAGAGCUAUGCAGAUAUCGACAAUCUUCUUCGUGGUUGGCCCCGUCUUUGAGGCCCUGAGCCCAAACAUUGCCGUCAUGGCUUUUGGAAGGCUGUUGUCAGGAGUCGCGGCGGGAGCAUCUGUCGUGAUUGUGCCCCUCUACAUCUCAGAGAUUGCUCCUCCUGCUGAGAAGGGCUUCUUUGGCGCCUUUACACAGAUUGGCUGCAACGUUGGCAUUCUCAUCACGCAGCUGUUGGGUUACUUCUUGAGCCACGACUCAUAUUGGAGGCUUAUUCUGGCCAUUGGAGGCGUCAUUGGCGCUGUGCAAGGCGCGGGAUUGCUCUUGUCCGUUGAGAGCCCGAAGUACAUUGCUGAACAGGGCAAUGUGUCUCUUGCAAAGAAGACUCUACGCAAGAUUCGUGGCGAACAUGCAGACAUUGAGGAUGAGAUGCGCGACUGGGGAAUGUCAGAUUCGCCCCAUGUCAACGAGGAGGAGCAAACGCUACUAAGCCCUAAUGCGUCAGCCGACGCCGGGCCGGAGCAGUCUGGCAAAGAAGGAAAUUUGAGCAUCAUGCAGGUCUUCCGCCAUUCCGACUAUCAAAAAGCCGCCAUCGCCGUCAUCAUGGUGAUGUUGGCUCAGCAGUUCAGUGGUAUCAACAGCAUCGUCAUGUAUGGAGUCUCGCUGCUAGCAGGUCUGCUCGAAUCCAACUCGGCCCUGCUCAAUCUUGCCGUCUCGGCGUUGAACAUUAUCGUGACAGCUAGCUGUGCGCCCCUUGCCGACAAGCUAGGUCGCAAAGUGUGCCUGCUGAGCUCUCUUGCGAUUAUGGGAUCCAGCUCGCUUCUGCUUGCUAUUGGUAUCAUCAAGGCGAUUCCCGUACUCUCAGCCAUUGCAGUUCUACUCUUCGUAUCCGGCUUCGCUGUUGGUCUUGGCCCUGUACCAUUUAUAUUGGCGAGUGAACUCGUGGGUCCGGAUGCGGUUGAUGCGACACAGAGCAUCGCGCUCGGGGCUAACUGGAUUGCCACAUUUGUUGUGGCCCAAUUCUUCCCGCUAGCGAGCGCGAAGCUGCACGGCAAAGUUUAUUUCAUCUUUGCGGCGCUAUCGGCUUUCUUCUUUGCCUUUGUCUCAUGGUAUGUUCCAGAGACCAAGGGCAAGAAGAAUGCCGACGAGGUGUGGGGCAGAGAGCGCAGAGUGGACUAAAAGCAUAGCACGGCAUAGGAAGUAAACAGGCAUUUUGUGAGUUAUAUUCUUUUCUGGGAUGGAUCAGAUGUUGCCGGGUGACAUGGUAGAUUGAUGGAUGCAUGUACUAUAUAGCACAUGUAUGUAAGCAUAGUACAAUUAGCAUGAGUCCAAGUUGAAGAAUCGGGGCCAUGCCCAUUAGGGCGUAUGUGCAAUACUCUGCUAACGUCCGUCCCUGUGGGUCGAAUAUCCCUGCGCAACGAACCACCA